UCUGGAGGAAAGUUUUCAGAAAUUUCUAACUAUCUGGAAGUGUCUGAAAGUAAGAUGAAUUCAACUGAAUUAAAUCAGCAAGCAAAUUGCAAAUGCAUUAACGGAAAGUGCGUUCUGAAUGAAAACGGUGAAAACGUCUGUAAAUGCCCGCCGGAAUUCAGUCACUAUACACCAACAGAGUGCAAAGAAUGUGAUUGCGGGGAAGAAUCAAGUUGCACGUUUUCAAAGGGUACCUAUAAGAGGAAAACAUGCGUUUGUAAGGAAGGCUACUGGUUAAGAGGCUCAAAAUGCAAAAUUUGUAAAUGUGAGAAUGGCAAAUGUGUAGAAAUUGAACCUGGGAAAACAAUAUGUCAAUGUCCACCGGAAUUCAGUCUAUAUUUGCAUAAUGAGUGCAGAGCAUGCAAUUGCGGCAAAGGGAAGAACUGUACAUUCGGUAGUUGGAACAGUGCAUUUAUGGAGAAAGAAAAAGUCUGCAUUUGUCAGGAAGGAUCCGUAGACGCAAAAGUACUUGCUUAA